UGGUGGCACUACUUUAUAUUUGCAGGGCAUGGUGCAAGAUUAGGUGUUGAUCCCAGUUUUGUGUGCGUUUUUAAUGUAUCCGCAAUACUGAAGGUCUUCCCUAAUCUUGUGAUACGUAACUUUGGUAAAAUUAGUACUCUAGGCAUAAACCACAAAGGCAGGUGGGAGCCCUCCGUUCAGGGCGGAUUCGCCGCUGAAAACCCUGCGGGGGCCUGCCUGUUCAGAAUUCAGCUAGACUUCAACAGAGAGCCGGUUUGGGAUCCCAGCUGAUAUCUGCUCAAAAUUGAGGCAUUCCACAUCCGGCUCAUUGGAAUCACUUAACACCGGCGGAUUGCCCCAGUUUGUAAUAAAUCCGACAAAUUUCUCAAAUUGACGAUGCAGUUGGAGGUGAAUAGCAGCAGCGUGUGCACGCUCGACGUGCCCGCGUACAUUGCCGAGAUGAUCCAGCGUGUAGUCAACACCAGCGGCAUGGAUAGCCAUUUUUUUGUCAUCGACCUGAAUGACAUUGUGAGGAAGUACAGAGAGUGGCAGCAGAAGAUGCCUCGCGUCGAACCAUUCUACGCGAUGAAGUGUAACGACACUCCCGGCGUCUUGCGUCUGAUUGCUGACCUCGGGGUCAACUUUGACUGCGCCAGUAAGAAGGAGAUGUCCACCGUGCUCGACCUCGGUGUUUCCCCCGAGCGCGUGAUCUUCGCGAGCCCCUGCAAGAUCGCGUCACACGUCAAAUACGCCGCCGAGCACGACGUCGCCAUGACGACGUUCGACAACGAGCACGAGCUGUACAAGAUCAAGCGGCUGCACCCGGGCGCUAAGCUGGUGAUUCGCAUCACGACAGACGACAGCAAGGCGCAGUGCCCGCUGAGCAUCAAGUUCGGAGCGAAGCUGGCGGACACUCGCCGCCUGCUCACCAUCGCCCGCCAGCUCGAACUCAACGUCAUCGGCGUCAGUUUCCACGUCGGCAGCGGCAGUUCAGACGCUAGUGCGUGGAGCGUCGCGAUCCGCGAUGCCAAGCGAGUGUUCGAGGAGGCCGACGAAGUUGGAUACGCGUUCUCUCUGCUCGACAUCGGCGGAGGAUAUCCCGGUGACCGCAACGCCAGCAUAGAUUUUGACGAUAUCUGCAACGAGGUGAACGCAUCGCUGGACGAACAUUUUCCCGAAGGCUGCGGCGUUCGCUUGAUCGCCGAGCCCGGCCGCUACAUGGUAGCCUCCGCCUUCACCUUGGUUGUAAACGUCCACUCGAAGGACGUGGAUGUUACCUGGAACAAAGAGACCGGAACGAAGACGGUGAAGAACAAGCUGUACGUGAACGACGGCAUCUACGGUUCAUUCAACUGCCUCAUGUUCGACCAUGCACGGGUCUUCCCGGCAUUGUUCAAGAACAUGGGUGCUUAUACCGUUGCCGCCGCCUCCUGCUUCAACGGCUUCCCGAAGCCAAUCAACUACUACAUCGAGCCUACGGAGGAGAAGCAGGGGGGUCACGACCUUGGCGAGAUGCGGGAAGGUCACGACCUUGGCGAGAUGCGGGCGGGUCACGGCAUCGGCGAGGUGAUCCCGUGCAACGUCGUCCCGGCCGUCCACUGCCGCGUCGGGAUCAUGCCCAGUGCUUAGCGCACCGCAGCCGCCGCCGCUCCCCCCCCCUGCCUCGUUGCAGCAGUUUCUCGCUCAGGUUUUGCAUUCGGUCUUCGGCCCCGGCCUCUCCUAGACUUAGUUUGGUAGUUUCGUCCGUUUCUCUUCGCCCUCCUCCGAUCUGCGCAAUCGAGUUUCUCCGUCACGGCGGCGGCGGCUGGGUCGAGGUCGUGUCGCGGUCCUGCGAGCGGAUUCAUGGCGGCCUCGCGGCCAGAUGCUUCUCGCCCCCGGACCCUCGGUAACGGCCGGCACCCCCGCCGCGCCUCGACGUUUUAUAGUGGCCCGCCGCGGGUCACAGCGUUUACGUUAUUUUACAUUCUUUUGUACGUUUAUUUUUUUGGUGGGUGUUCACGUUACAUAUUGGGAGGUAAUUCUUUUUUAGUAAACGACCAAUUUUUGUUUUGUUUUGGUUGGGACCAGUUCAUUUUGAACCGAACCAAACUGAACCAAUGUAUGUAUCUCCUGCUCAGUGCACAGUAACGAGAAGGUGUUUGUGGUUUAGAUUACACGGCUUAUCUAAAGCGUAGGCGAUAGAUAUAUAUUCUGCUGCUGUCAGUUUCACCAUGAUAGUUUAACACAACACUUCGCAUGAAUGUAACCUGUGUGCUAGUCCUUCAGCAUUAGAGCUAGAGCAACUGAGUAGAGAGUUUCAUGUGGGUAGAGUUCUGGUUCUAGUUAUAAAAAUAUCAAGAUAUGAUUGGUACAGAAGUGCCUGAAACUUGCAACUACAAAGGAAUGUAAACGACGAAGGAAAACGUGAGAAAAUUCCUUGAAAAAAAUAGAAUAACAAAAAUUGUAACUGCUUUUUUUUGUUAAAAUGUGCUGUAAAACCAUUGAUGAAUAGAUAUGUCAUGAAAUGUGCGGCAAAAUUAUUCUUGACGAUUGCAUAUCUGCACCUGUUUGGCAAAGCACAGAACAAAUUCAACUUUAACUUUUAAGUUUUCGCAGGCUUACACCUGCAACGAGACCAUGUGCCGGUAAACUAGUUGGAAAAAUAAAUUGAAAAUAAGUAACACAAGUUCAAA